AUGGCGACUAUCCCUUUGUUAGUGUUACCGAUCUCUCUCCUCCACCGUCGACCUUCUUCUCCAUCUCUUCCAACACUUUCUCACAUCCACACUUUCUCCACUCCCAUUUUCACAAACUCCUCAACCAACAAACCUUCCCCACUGCACGGUAUCAAUCCCAGUGACUCAAGACGAGACAAUCCUCUCUUUUUGGACGAAAACAAUGCGGUGGUCGAUGAUAUGGACGGUUACCUCAAUAACCUUUCCCUCGAAUACGAAUCUGUAUGGGACACCAAACCAGCUUGGUGUCAGCCAUGGACAAUUGUGGUUACAGGGGUUUCAAUUGUUGCUAUUAGUUGGUUGAUUUUUCAAUCUGUUGUUGUUACUUCAGCCAUAUCCUUACUCAUUUUCGCAUGGUGGUACAUUUUUCUUUAUUCUUAUCCUAAGGCAUAUUCAGCAAUGAUUGCUGAGCGAAGAGAAAGAAUUACAGAUGGUGUUGAAGACACGUAUGGUCGAAGGAAGUAG